GCGACGGCGCGCCGUUGGUGUCAUGCGGAAGAUGGCGGCGUCCAGGAGUGGCUGAGGCUUCUGGGGGAGGCGGUGACAGGUUUCCGUACAGCCCGAGCGUGCGGCUUGGGGAUCCCUUCACUCUGUGUUUCCUGCUCUCAGGUUUCGCGCCGGUCAUCCUUCCAGGCGCGAUGUGGAGGAGCUGCCUCCGGCUGUGGGACGAGGGGCGCCGCCUCCUGAACCGGCCCCGGGGUGGCCUCAUCGCCUCCGUGGGGCCGGGGCCAAACCCCCGCUUGCAAGCCCGGGCAUACGCCCCCCUGACAGGACCCGGCACAGAAGGGGCCUGGAACCCCGGCAGUCUUGCAUCUCGGCCACUUUCUCUGCAGGUUUCCUGGCCCUCCCUCCUACUGCCCUAUCACCUAGGAGGAGGCCUACGAGAAGAAAGGAAGAGGUUUUAUCAGAAUGUCAGCAUCACACAGGGAGAAGGUGGCUUUGAGAUAAACUUGGACCACAGAAAGCUGAAAACUCCCCAAGCCAAGCUCUUUACUGUUCCCAGCGAGGCCCUGGCCAUCGCAGUGGCCACUGAAUGGGACUCCCAACAGGACACCAUCAAGUUCUACACUAUGCACCUGACCACACUGUGCAACACGUCUUUAGACAACCCAACCCAGCGAAACAAGGACCAGCUGAUCCGAGCAGCUGUGAAGUUUCUGGACACCGACACCAUCUGCUACAGGGUGGAAGAGCCAGAGACAUUAGUGGAACUUCAAAAGAACGAGUGGGACCCGGUCAUAGAAUGGGCCGAGAAGAGGCCUUUUCCUUUCAGAUACGGCGUGGAGAUUGGCUCCUCCACCAGCAUAAUGGGGCCCAGCAUUCCAGCCAGGACUCAGGAGGUGCUCAUCAGCCACCUGGCGUCUUAUAACAUGUGGGCCCUACAAGGGAUUGAGUUUGUAGUGACCCAGCUCAAGUCCAUGGUGCUGACCUUGGGCCUGAUUGACCUGCGCCUGACCGUGGAGCAGGCUGUGUUGCUGUCACGCCUGGAGGAGGAGUACCAGAUCCAGAAGUGGGGCAACAUUGAGUGGGCCCACGACUAUGAGCUGCAGGAGCUGCGGGCACGCACGGCUGCUGGCGCCCUCUUCGUCCACCUCUGCUCCGAGAGCACCACAGUCAAGCACAAGCUCCUGCGGGAGUGAGGCCCGGGCGGCACGCACCACACAGCCGGCAGGACAGAGGCUGCACAGCCACACGACUCCCUGGCUCGUCCCCAACUUGGCAUCGCCCUGAGAUGCCCCCAAGACAGUGCAGCUGUCCAGAGUCAGCUUGAGUCCAGCCCUGCGGGCCAGCUCUGAGCAGGGGGGACAAGUUGUACAAGUGACUUUCUCUUGACUCUGAUUUUAUUAAAUAUUUCUCCACCCUGG